CUCGGCGCGCGUCUCCCGGCGCGGGAUUCCUCUCGCAGACUCCCAUUCAAAAGAUGCCGAAGGGGCGGCGCGGCAGCCAGAACCCCAAGAUGAGCCAGCGGCCGGCCCCGCCCCUCUACUUCCCGUCGCUCUACGACCGGGGCAUCUCGUCGUCUCCGCUGAGCGAUUUUAACAUCUGGAAGAAGCUCUUCGUGCCGCUCAAGGCGGGCGGGGCGCCGGCGGUGGCCGGGGUCCGACCCCUGCCUCUGGCAGCCCCCGCCACGGUGCCGCCGCCGCCGCCUGGCCUGGGUCCCCCCAGCGAGCGCCCGUGCCCUCCGCCUUGGCCGUCGGGCCUGGCCUCUAUACCUUACGAGCCUCUGCGCUUCUUCUAUUCGCCGCCGCCAGGGCCCGAGAUGGCAACUUCAGCCCUGGUCCCCGGCUCCACGACGCCCUGGCUCGCCUCCGCCUCCCACCCCGAGGAGCUGUGCGAGCUAGAGAUCCGGAUUAAGGAGCUGGAGCUGCUCACCAUCACUGGAGACGGCUUCGACUCCCAGCGCUAUAAGUUCCUGAAGGCGCUGAAAGAUGAAAAAUUACAAGGACUGAAGACGACCAGGCAACCUGGAAAGUCGGCCUCCGUCUCCUGAGGAGCUGCCCCCCCCAGAGCUGGGCAGCCACCUCCUUAGAUGUUAGUGCUUAGAUAAUGUGUCCUUUUGUUGUCAUUUCAAAGAUGGUUAUUUUCUGUUCUGUAGUUACUACUGUUAUUGUUGCUCCCAGCUCGUACUUCACAUACAGUUGCCCGCUUGCAUAGU